ACCAACUUGAAUUUCUUUUUAUUUAUCCAGGUUGAGAAUAAGUUAGAAGAAAUGUUUGCUGGUAUCGUUGAAGAUCCACCAAAACCAGAAGAAAUUCCAAAACCAACAUCGCCCGAAUCGCCACAAAACGAAAAUUUAGCAACAUCAACAACGUCAAAAAUUGAAACCACAUCAGAAGAGAUUACGUCGACGAAUAACGAUGAAAACGCUUUGUUAUUAAUCGAGGAAAGUGAUGAUUUGUGUAAAACUCCGGUUAAAAAGGGGAAAUUAUCGACGAAGCGACGAACCAACACGACGCCCAAGAAGAAAAAGGGGAGCAAAGCGGCGAAAGUUUCGUCAAAAACGAGCGGCGGACCUAGCGGGAGUAGCAAGAAAGAUAAGAAAUCGAUUAAUGGGAAAAUUGAGGUUAUUAAGGAUGUUUACGCGUAUGAUUCUGGGAGUAAUACGAGUUCGGUGAAAUCCAGGGGACCUUUUGUUCAUAUUGAAGGUACACGAGAUUCCCCAGUUUCAGUCAGUAUUAUAAACACCGCAACGGAAGAAGAUAACGAAAAGAAAAACAAUAAGUUAAAAAAAUUCCACGACGACAGCGAAUACCGUCAUAAAGUGCGUUCGAAAGGAUUACAUUGCAGCACUUUGAGUAAUAAGUACGAUGCUCAAACGAAGGAUGUAAGUUGGAUUUGCGUAUUUUGUAAACGAGGACCACACUCAACGGACGUUUCUUUGUUACCGAAUUCGAAUCAAUUUUAUCCACCGGGUGAUCUAUUCGGGCCGUACGUUAUAACGAAUAAUUGUCCCGAGUUUGAAAGGAAAUUAAACGAUCCUUACGAUAAACAAUUUAAAAGUAAAAAAAUCGCGCGCGUUUUGGACGCUCAAAAUACAGCGAUCGCACCGACGUCAAAUGUGGCGCCAAAAAUAUCAAAAAAAUCCAAACGAAAACAUCACCAACAACAGCAACAAUUAGCGGUUGUGGAAAGUAGUGAAAAUAGGGAUUUUCACGACGAUUUUUUAUUGGGGAUUACGGCCACUUCGGAAAAGACAUUUGAAAUUUGGACCCACGAGGAUUGCGUGGUGUGGUCGCCAGGGGUUUAUUUGGUGGGGCCGAAAAUUGUUGGACUUGAAGAGGCGGUUUGGACGUCUUGUAACGUGAUUUGUGUUAAGUGCGGUUAUAAAGGGGCGAAUUUGUGUUGUUUGAGGCGCGGUUGUACCAACGUUGUACAUUUUGGUUGUGGUGUUGUUGCGGAUUGGGCGUUGGAUUACGAUAGUUUUAGGGCGUAUUGUGUUGAACACAAAUCGAUGAUGUGUUAAGAAGUUUAAAAAAAUAAGUAUUGAUGAAAUUAAUUAAAAGGGGAGGAAUAAAAGAAAUUGAGAG